AUGUUGAAGUAUUUUUUAUUUUCUUUGAUGCUUACAGUUCAAGGAGAUUCUUUAUCCCUUGAGGAAGAAGACAAGCAUAUUGAUGCGAAUAAGGACGCAGAGCGAGUUGUGGGAGGUGCGGCAGCACCUGUCGGCGCGGUACCCCAUCAGGUCGGGAUUAGAGAACCCAAAGAAGACAAUUGGCUCUUCUGUGGUGGUGCUAUUAUCGAGGAAAGAUGGAUCAUGACAGCCGCGCAUUGUCUCGUUAAGAUAAAACCAAAGGAUAUUGUAGCUGCAGUAGGAACAAAUCUAAGACGCGGAGGAACCGAAUAUAAAAUUAGUAAAUUUAUAAUUCACGAGAAGUACGGCCGUACAUCUUUCGCCAACGACAUCGCGCUGAUGUUAACUGAAAAAGAGAUUGAGUUCUCUGAUAAAGUUAAGCCUGUCCAACUAGCCUCAAGGAAUACAGAACCAGGUGCAAAGUGUUUGCUCACUGGUUGGGGUUAUACGAAUCAAAAAGGAACUAAAAUACCAGAUAAACUGCAAUGGCUCAACGUAACAGCUUUAUCUGUUUAUAACUGCCAGAAACAAUUAAAGGCAUUCCAAAAGAAGAAUCCCUUUACCAAGAAACAAAUAUGCACCCUCACCAAAAGAGGAGAAGGAACAUGUCAGGGUGACUCUGGUGGUGCUCUGAUAGAAAAAGGCGAGGCCGUCGGUGUGGCCUCAUACAACCUGCCGUGUGCCUACGCUGUUCCUGAUGUCUUCACAAGAGUAUACGAAUAUCUCGAUUGGAUUAAGGCUAGAAUGGAUGAAAAUACUACAAAGAUAUAA